UUUUCACCGCCUCGAACAGUGUAGGACUAUUAUAUUCCACCUAAAAAGUAGACAGUGAAAAUGUGACUGCAGACAUAUUUUAGACAGCGAUCGAGAGAGAGAGAGAGAAGGGAUGGAGAUCCAAUCUUGCAUAUAUCAACUUGACUUACUGAGAAGAGAGAGCUUAAUUACGAUGCCAGAAAAGAUGGCUGAAGAAGCAUAUCCAAAUCUUAUUGACGAGAACACAAUUCGGUCUGGAUCCAAUCCUCCAGCCGUAAAGAAGAAGAGAAACCUCCCAGGCACCCCAGAUCCCGAAGCUGAAGUAAUCGCUUUGUCGCCAAAGACCCUGAUGGCCACCAACAGAUUCUUGUGUGAAAUUUGCGGGAAGGGUUUUCAAAGGGAUCAAAACUUGCAACUCCACCGGCGGGGACACAACCUUCCAUGGAAGCUAAAGCAAAGGACCAGCAAAGAACCAAGGAAACGUGUUUAUGUGUGCCCCGAAAAGGCCUGCGUCCACCACCACCCCUCUAGGGCUCUUGGAGACCUAACCGGAAUAAAGAAGCACUUCUGCCGGAAACACGGCGAGAAGAAGUGGAAAUGUGGGAAGUGCUCAAAGCGCUACGCUGUGCAGUCAGAUUGGAAAGCCCACUCCAAGACUUGUGGCACCAGGGAAUACAGAUGUGACUGCGGAACUGUAUUUUCAAGGCGAGAUAGCUUCGUAACACAUAGAGCCUUCUGCGAUGCCUUGGCAGAAGAAACAGCCAGAAUGAAAGCAGUCUCAAAUAUGAACACCGCAGUGGCAGGCAAUAUCAACUACCAUUUCAUGGGAACUCCCCUAGGCCAUAGCAACCCACAGAAUGUCCCGUCUAUUUUCAAGCCAAUCUCAAGCAAUGAAGACACAAUAAUUAACCCAACGACACGAGGACUAUCCCUAUGGAUUGGCCAUGGAUCCCAAGGCCAGGAAACAAUGAUUAAUAACAAUCUCCAAGGGAUUCAUCAACUUGGGCCAUUGUGUUCAGGAGCAACGUUUGCAGAUCCACUCGUGUCGUGCUCGAAUAUUUCGCCAUCGGAUUAUCACCAAAAUUGGGUUUUUGGAAAUAAGCUCUCUUCGAGUAAUUCCGAAGAGUUAACAAGCACUUCACUUCCACUAAUCGACGUGAAGGAGGCUGGAACUCAGCUUUUAAGUAUUCCUUCCUUGUAUGAGACCCAACACCAGUCUAAUCAAACACCUUCAGCAAAUAUGUCAGCAACGGCUUUAUUGCAAAAAGCUGCUCAAAUUGGAUCAACUUCAACUGACCCAUCAUUCCUAGGGAGCUUUCGGUUGAAGUGCAAUGACAGUCGAGUUCAGGAUGGGAACAAAUUGGGUGGACCCUAUGGUUCAAAUUCAAUACUUUCUAAUCUCGGGAAAGAUGCUGAAAAAACAGCAGGUGACCUGUUUCAGAUACACCCGGCCAAACGCCGGCAUGCGGAGAUUGAAGAUGGCUCCGGAGGGGAAACUAGGGACUUCCUGGGUGUGGGGACCGUGCAACCCAUCUGCCACCCCUCAUCAUUCAAUGGAUGGAUUUGAUAAUAAUUAGGAAAUUUGAUGGAUGGAAAUGUGAAGCAAAGUUGAUGAUCAUAAGGAGGUGCAGGUAAAGUUCGAAGUUGGGGAAAGAUUUAAUUAUUUGGUAACUUUGCAGGGGAGGAAAAGGUAGGCAUUCAUGAGUGCUUGAUGGGGGCUAAAAGUUUGAGCUUAGAAAACUAAUUAAGAGCUGAAUGAAGAAGGGAGAUCCAUGCAUAUUCUCUUGAACCCUGAAAGCUGAUUCUUUUUUAAAAUGGUGGCCUUUAUUUGAUUAAAGGGGGUGGAGUGGUGGGGGAAAAAGCAGUAGCCACUUUUACUCCAUUAUUGCGUUGUUUGAUAUUUGUUGUGGUUUGGUGCUUGUCAAACUGGGCUUAAAAGAGAAUUUCCUGUGGCAAAAGCUUAUUCUAGUACAUAUAGGCUUUAGCCUAUCGCUUAAAAAUAAAAUAUUGUAGCUUUUGAUCACUCGCCCAAUCCUAAAUAUAUAGUUGUACUAUAACAAGAUUAGUUAUGACACAUGCAAACUUAUGGAGAUAAACACAUUAAAGGUUUUGCUUAUCACUGCAUGUUAUCUUUUUA